GUCACUUUCUAUGUGUCAGGUGUUACGGCCCUGACGGACCAGCUGACGCAUGGUCCCUCGAGAAUUUAUUAAAAGUUUUAAACCAUAGAUAAUCUUUGCUCUCGUGUAACUUCUUUAAUUUAUAUUUUGGAUUUUUGAAAAAUAUUGAAUGAAACAUAGCGUGAAAUGGCAACGGAGAAGGAUUUAAUAAACGCUGUACGAGAAUCAUUAAAGGCCGAUGGAAAUCUUGAUCGAAUAAAAGCAGAAAUGCGUACAGAGGUGAUAAAAUUGCUCGAUUGUUCUAGCAAAGAGAACAGGUCGAAAACUAUCAAACCUUCUCACGAUAUCGUUUUCCUCAAUGAACUCAUCAGAGAAUAUUUAGAUUGGAUGGGUUAUAAAUAUAGUUCAACUGUAUUUAUCGCAGAAUGCGAUCUUCCCAAACAGUGUUUGGAUCGUAAGCUUCUUGCGCAAGGCUUAGGGGUAAAAGACAGUGAAAAAAGCAGAAACUUACCACUGUUAUGUGGUCUUGUACAAACAUUUACUAGCUUAAAAAAUACCUAAUUAUAAAAUUUACACAAUCAUGUAUUCAACAUUCAUUUGCGAUUUUUAAAUGCUAUUUAUUUCCUAUCUAUGCUACAAGUUUCACACUUUGACGUCUUUAUAUUUAAAUAUAAAAAAAACAUGCACACAAAUUUUAAUGUAUACAGAUUGUUAUACUUAAUAAAUAAUAAAAAAAUAAAGCAAAAAA